AAAUGGUUACGUGGAAUAUGAUGAAUUCCUAACAAUGAUGCAGAGAUUCUCACAACAUAGCCUAGUAACUGCUUCGACUGUAGACGAGAAAACGCGAGAGGCAUUCAGAGUGUUCGAUAUAGACGGAAAUGGUUACAUAGAUAAACAGGAACUGCAGCAGGUGAUGAAACGCCUUGGAGAGAAUAUCUCAGAGGAAGAUGUUAAAGAAAUGUUCCGGGAAGCAGAUCUCAAUAAUGAUGGGAGAAUAGACUUUAACGAAUUUCGUCAACUGCUGGGUUCCUGUAAAUUGAAAUAAUUGCCGAAGAGAUGAAUUAUUUAUGAUACACACUCACCUCUCCCUAUGUUCCCACCCCAUAUACCCGUCUCACUAAAGAAGAGAAAACCUUUUUGAAAAAAAAAUAUUUAAUUUUUUUUUUUUUUUAAUAACCUCCAACUAUCACUACCGGCACCGUCGAUGCCACCACCGCCACCACCACCACCACCACCACCAGCACAACGGAAACGAACAAUUAUCCUGAGAAAUGAUGAUGGUGAUGAGAAGGAGGAGGAGAAGAAUAUUGAAUGACGGUGGUGGUGAUGGUGGUGGUGGCGGUGGCGGUGGUGGCGGUGGUGGCGGUGGUGGGGUGGUGGUGGCGACGAUGAUGUUAAUAAAUUCAAACCAAAAGAACUAAUUCAAAACAAAACAAAACAAAACAAAACAAAAAAAAACAUACCCCCUAUCCACCUGUGGCACACUGUGCCGCAUCACAUCGUGCACCAUGUGCUAUAUAUAUAUAUUGUGCUAUAUAGCGUAUUAGUAACUGAAACCGAACCGAACCGAACUUAACCGAACUUAACCGAACUCAUCCGAAUUUAACAGAACUGAAACCUACCAACGGAAUGUGCAACCAGCCACUAGAAACCAACUGAGCAGCCAGCCAGCCAGCCAGCCAGCCACCUAGCCUAAUGAUUAUCUCCCCCCUCUUCCUCCACUUCCUGUUUAUCGUUUUCUUCGACACAUCUACUCACACCGCCACUCACCCACCUCCGCCUUCCACUUCCCGUUGUUGAUCUGAUCUGUAAAACUGAUGUUCCUGCAAACCUCACGCAUACACACACACACACACACACACACACCACACACACACACACACACACAAUACAUACACACA